UCCCUUUAUGAUUUUGAUUAAAUUAUAUCCUGCAACUAUAAAAUAAAGCAACAGUCUGUCUAAUUUGUUUUUAUCGUGAAAUCAUUUAAAAUGGCAGUGUUAGUGCGGUGCGCUGUGCUCCUAUUGGCUACUGUAGCAGCCGCUUCGAGCCGCCAGUUGCAGGCGCAAGAUGUCGUGUUCCAUCUGUUCACGAGGAACAAUCCGACGGUCAGCCAGCCCCUCUCCCUCACCGAGGCGGCGAUCCUGGCGUCGACCUUCAACGACCACCAGCGCACCAUGAUCACCAUCCACGACCACAGCGACGCCAUCGCCGGGAACUUCAACGCUUUUGUCGUCCCCGCUGAACUGAAAGCGUACGACGUGAACGUGAUAGCAGUGGACUGGAGCGCGGCGGCGGGGUCGUCCACCGAGGGCAUCGCGCACGCGCCGCAGGUCGCGGCGGCCGUCGCAGAGCUCAUGGACUUCUUGGUGGACACCUUCGAGUACGACCAUGAAGGGUUCCGGCUGAUCGGCUUCGGCAUCGGCGCCCACAUCGCCGGGAUUGCGGCCAGGAAGGCGCGCGCUGAUAUUGUACACAUUGUUGCUCUGGACCCGGCCUUCAACGGCUGGUCGCACCACCCCGACAAGCUGAGCUGGAACGCGGCUGAGUGCGUGGAGGUCCUCCACACCACCGCCGGGAUCAUCGGCUACGACCGGCCCAUGGGCCACAUGGACUUCUACCCCAACGCAGGGUCCUUCCAAAACGGCUGCGGCUCCGACAGCGCCUGCUCCCAUCAGCUAGCCUACGUGUACUACGCUGAGUCUCUGACCGCUGAAGUGGAGGAGGGCAACCGGUUCUGGGGGACCAAGUGCGAGUCUUACGAGGAUGCCGUUCUGUUGCAGUGCAGCGGGGAGAAGGAUAACUAUUUUGGAGGCCGCGCGUUGAAGAACUUCAACUUUGGCAUUUACACGUUCAUCACCAACAACGCUUCGCCAUUCGCCAGGGGAUGAACACUGAAAAUCUACGGUGUUAUAAAGAAUUAAAAUAAAUUAUACAUAUUAUUUCAACUGAA